CACGCCCGCGCUACACGCCGGGACCGGAAGCGGCGGCCGCGUGGCGGAGGCAAGAUGGCGGCCCCCGGGAGGAGGAAGCUGGCGGAGCUGAGCGUGGACGAGUUCCUGGCUGCGGGCUCGGACUCGGAGCAUGACGGCGGCUGGGAGGAGGAGGAGGAGGAGGAGGAGGAAGGCGGCCGGGCCCUUAACGGCGCUGCGAGGCGGAGGCGGCCGAGCGGGAAGGCGGCCCAGGGGCUGCAGGCACGGCCGGGCAGCAGGAAGAAGGGAAAGGCAUCUGAGCACAAGGAUCAGCUCUCCAGGCUGAAGGACAGAGACCCCGAGUUUUAUAAGUUUCUGGAGGAGAACGAUCGCAAGCUGCUGGACUUUGAUGCCUCAGACAGCUCUGAGGAGGAGGAGGCUCUGCACAGACCCCCUGACACCCUCGAGGAAGCCAGUGAUGAGGAUGAAGAUGAUGAAGACGAAGAACAAGAAAAAGCCAAAAGGAAGAAAGUUUCCUUCAUCCACGUGAGCUUGAAGAUGGUGGAGGAGUGGAAGAAAGGUGCCCAGAGGAAUCUCACCCCAAAACUCUUCCAUGAGAUCACCCAAGCCUACAAGGCAGCUGUGGCCACCACCAGAGGUGACAGUGGUGGUGACCCCAGCAAGUUCCAGGUGACUGACACUGCAGUGUUCAACACCUUGGUGUCCUUCUGUAUCCGGGACCUGUUCCACCACCUGCACAAGCUGCUGCUCCCCAAAGCCCCCAAGAACAAGCUCAAAAUGGUUCUCCCUUCCACCAGCCCCCUCUGGGGAAAGCUACGACUGGACAUCAAAGUUUAUCUUGGCUGUACCAUACAACUGCUGUCGUGCCUGACAGAGGCCUCAGUGGGAGCAGCAGUCCUGCAGCACGUCAACUGCACAGUCCCAUAUUACCUGUCCUUCCCAAAGCAGUGCCGGGCCCUGCUCAAGCAAACCAUCACUCUGUGGAGCACAGGGGAGGAGACAGUCAGGGUCCUGGCCUUCCUGGUGCUGAACAAGAUCUGCAGGUACAAGAAGGAGGUUUACCUCAGCCCCCUGCUCAAGCAAAUGUACAUUGCCUUUGUGAAGAACUCCAGGUUCACCUCUCCCAACGUGCUGCCCAUGAUCAACUUCAUGCAGCGCACGCUGACCGAGAUGCUGGCCCUGGACAGCCCCACCUCCUACCAGCACAGCUUCAUCUACAUCCGCCAGCUGGCCAUCCACCUGCGCAGCGCCAUGACCCUCAGGAAGAAGGAGAACUUCCAGUCAGUCUAUAACUGGCAGUACAUCCACUGCCUGUACUUCUGGUGUCGAGUUCUCAGCACCAUCCACCCCAGUGAGGUCAUGGAGCCCCUCAUCUACCCCUUGACACAGGUCAUUAUUGGCUGUAUCAAGCUGGUGCCAACGUCUCGGUUCUACCCCCUGCGCAUGCACUGCAUCCGUGCCCUCACCCUGCUGUCCCAGAGCACCAGGACCUUCAUCCCCGUGCUGCCCUUCAUCCUGGAGGUUUUCCAACAAGUGGAUUUCAACAAGAAGCCAGGACGGAUGAGUUCCAAGCCCAUCAACUUCGCCGUGAUCCUGAAGCUCUCCAAUGCCAACCUGCAGGAAAAGGCCUUCAGGGAUGGGCUCAUUGACCAGCUCUAUGACCUGUUGCUGGAAUAUCUCCACGGCCAAGCCCACAGCAUUGGCUUCCCAGAGCUGGUUCUCCCCACUGUCAUCCAGCUGAAAUCCUUCCUGAAGGAGUGCAAGGUGGCCAACUACUGCAGGUCCAUGCGGCAGCUGCUGGAGAAGCUGCAGGAGAACUCAGCCCACAUCUGCAGCAGGAGGCAGCGAGCGGCCUUCGGCGUGGCCAGCACUGCAGCCGUGGAGCAGUGGGAGAAGCAGGUGAAGGAGGAGGGGACACCCCUGAGCAAGUAUUACACACAGUGGAAGAAGCUGAGGGAGAAGGAGAUCCAGCUGGAAAUCAGUGGCAAGGAAAGGCUUGAAGACUUGAACUUCCCAGAAAUCAAACGCAGGAAGCAGGAUGAGAGGAAGGAGGAGGAUAAGAAGGAAUUCAAGGAUCUCUUUGAGCUGGACAGUGAUUCUGAGGAGGAGAAUGGUGGAUUCUCUGUGAAAGGGAAAGGCAGAGCCAGGCAGGCCUCGGAUGACAGCUCAGAAGCCAGCAGCAAGGAGUUUGGGGAGGAGGACGAUGAUGAAGAAGGAAAUUACGAAGUGGAGGAGGACGAGGAGGAAGAACUGGAAGAGGACAGCGAGUCAGAGGCAGAGGAAGGAGCCCGGGAUUCCCAGGAUUCCCAGGAGAGGAGGAGCUGCCCCCGGGGUUUGUCCCGCUCGGACCUGGAGCAGCUGGCACAGGGUGGGGACGACGUGGUGCAGGACCUGGAGUUUUCUGAUGAGGACUGAGCACCUCCAGCCCCUCUGCAGCACCUGGAGCUGCUGCCAGGGCCAGGAACACAGGUGGGACCAGCCCCAGGUGCCACCCAGGACCCGCUCAGUGACACAACUUGGACUUUUCAACUCAGCUUGGGACUUCUCCAGCUUUUUCUACCAGUUCUGGUUUUGGUACCAAUAAAACCCGAGGCCAAAGUCAAGGCCAGUAAAAACUGCUCAGCAGAGGGAAUAAAAGCCCCUCAUUAAAAUCUGCUGCUUUCAAUAGCACAGGGUUCACUUCCAGCUCCUGCUGAGCAAGGGCAGGGCGAGGUUUUUGUCCAAGGUUCCUCCUCUCUGCCCCAGCAGCCACCCCAGAUUUAGCUCUGGGGCCCUCCCCAAACCCUUCAGAAGGCCUGAAGGACUGCAGAGACUCUGCCAGAGCUUUGUAGCUUCCCUGAAGCCUUGAUCAGUUUGAGCUGCUCUAAGUGUGCUGCAGAAGGAAACUUUAAAUUGAAGUUUCUUGGGUUGGGGACGUGCAGGCGUGAAUGAAUAUGGAAAGACAAAAUUGAUAAUGUAGGAAGCAGUGCCCAGGUGAGAACUGCACCACCUUAACUGUAAAGAAAAGAUUCUCACUUUGGAAAAGACUUUACUUACCUGUUCUUCCCAAAGAGAAAGGAAUUCCCUUUUUCUCCUGGCUCUAACUUAGCUGGGCAAGGUGCUGGCUGCCUCCUGCCAGCUGGGAGCCGAGCCUGGAGUGGAUUCCAGGCAGGAAUGUGGCAGCUCUGCUGCACCUGUGGGGAGGCACCUGGCCCAGGUGGGCACCCGGGAAAGGAAGGACAGAGACUGCUCGGGUAAAGCCAGGUACCAUUUGUAAAUUAAGUGUUUUUCUUUUUUAUUUAAAUUGAUUGCUGGAAAGCAUUUUUAUCGUGA